AUGAAACGGAAUAUCUUUAAGGGUAGACGUAAUGCAGAAUGUUGGGACCACUUCUACCAGGUCGCUACUAUCCAGGAUGGGUCUCCUAAGGUAAUAUGCAAGAAUUGCGACCAUAUCCUUACCCAUCCUACCGAUAAGCGCCGGGGAACAUCUACUAUGAAUAGGCAUUAUUCAGGACCGACUCAGUCGCAAGAUAUUAGGAAGGCUAUCAAGAACGGGGCAUAUCUGUCGUCUCGUAAAGCAUCAUUUACGCCGUUAAUUACCUUUAUUGCUGCCUCGCGGCUACCCUUCCAGCUUAUUAAGUAUCCUGAAUUUCGCGCCCUUCUUGAGAUGGCCCGGCUUGCUCCCUGCUUCCCCAAAAUCCCAACUGCAACCACAGUCCGCCGUCAUCUUCAAGAGAUCGUGGAAGAACGCCAGUAUACUCUUCUACAGAAGCUUCCUAAUAGUGCUAAGCUCUCUAUUGCAUUAGAUUGCUGGACCUCACCAUUUCGCCAAGCUUUUAUGGCAAUAACGGGCUAUUUCAUUGACCAAGAGUGGAAUUACCGAGAGCUCUUGCUUGGCUUUGAACCUCUAUAG